GUGUCAUGGCCUCCUCCGUCUUCUCCUCCUACUCUGUCUCUGUCUCCUGCCGGGGCCGGGGGUGCCCGACCGCAGCCUUGGGCCACCCUGAGUCCCUGCAGGCGGCCCUGAGGCCGGGGUGGCUUCCGCAUGGGGUCUCUGCCCAAAGCCGUUCUCUGCUAAGGAAGGAGCGUGGCCGCCCGGGGAGCCCGGAGGGCUCUAGACCCACGGCGACCGGACCUGGUGGGCGGACCCCGCCUCCGCGUCCCCGGCGGGACAAGCAUGGGGCUCCCACGGCCUCCGCGCCCCCGGCGGGACGGAUGCCCCGGGCCACUGCGGGCAGCGCGCGCCCCCCACCCACUUUCCGGCCUCGCUGGAUUCCCGGGACCCCCUCACAGACGAAGCCUGUCUCGGGGGCGGCUUUGGGAGGAACCGCACCGGAGGUUCCCCUCUCGCUGCCUCUCAGUCUGGGUUUCUGUGGAGCGCGUCUCCCUCUCCCUGUCCCUGUUCCUGAUCUCUCCCUGUCCCUGUCCCUGAUCUCUCCCUGUCCCUGUCCCUGAUCUCUCCCUGUCCCUGUCCCUGAUCUCUCCCUGUCCCUGUCCCUGAUCUCUCCAUGUCCUGCCCCUCCGUUUCCCCUCCGGUCAGCUCCUCAGCUUGUCUCUGACCGCUUCCCUCCCCAGAUCCCGGGAAUCCGAGGGUCCCUCAAAGACCGGCGUGCUGCGGCCUGCUCUGAGGGUGCCCGGGCCCCUGGGUCCCUCCUCUGAGGACCGACGCUCAGGCAGCGCCGCUUCUUCCUCCCGCAGGAGGCGCUGUAGGGCGGAGCGGCAGCCGCGGCCGGGCGCCGGGUCCCAGCAUGCACCGCGCCCGGCCGGCGCUGCGUUUGGGGGCCACCCGGGCUGUGCGUGGGAGUCGGGUUGGGGCGGAGCGGAGGGGAGUCAGUGCGCAGCAGGGCAGGUUCCCGCGGAGCCGCCGGAGACUGUCGGCUUUGCCAGGGCCGGGCGGGACCGCGCGGACCAUGGCGGAGCCGCCUCGGCUACCUCUGACUUUUGAGGAUGUUGCCAUUUAUUUCUCCGAGCAAGAAUGGCAGGAUCUAGAGGCAUGGCAGAAGGAACUUUACAAGCAUGUGAUGAGAAGCAAUUAUGAGACUCUCGUCUCUCUAGAUGAUGGACUUCCAAAACCAGAACUAAUAUCCUGGAUUGAACACGGGGGAGAGCCCUUCAGGAAAUGGAGAGAAUCACAGAAAUCAGGAAACAUAAUUUGCUCCUCUGUUGAUAAGCAUUUUGAUCCAGGUUUUGAGGAACAGCUGUUUUGGGGAAGCCAGCAGGCUAUGAAUUCAGGAAAAACUAAAAGCCAUUUCCAAUUAGAUCCUGAGAGCCAGUGUUCCUUUGGAUCCUUUGUUUCCUUCAGGCCUGACCAAGGCAUCACCCUCGCGAGCCCACAGAGACACGACGCCAGGGCUCCUCCGCCACUAGCCUGCGGCCCCAGUGAAUCUACCCUAAAAGAAGGAAUCCCAGGUCCCAGAAAUCUGGAUCUUCCUGGUUUGCGGGACGUCCCCGCCUGGGAGAGCACCCAGCACCCUUGGCCUGUCUGCGGGGAAAGCUGUUGGGAGAACAACCAUUUAGUAAUGCACCAGAGAGGCCACUCAAAGGACCGGACACGUAGGGCCUGGGAGAAAUUCAACAAGAGAGCGGAGACGCAGAUGCCGUGGAGCAGCCCUCGGGUACAGAGGCACUUCCGGUGUGGCGUGUGCGGUAAGAGCUUCCGCCGGAAGCUGUGUCUCCUGCGCCAUCUGGCGGCCCACACGGGGAGGGGCCCCUUCCAGAGCGCUGACGGUGAAAUGUGCUUCCGACACGAGCUGGCGCAUCCCAGCCACCGCCUCCCGCAGCAGGGGGAGAAGCCUGCCCCGUGCACUCCAUGCGCCAAGUGCUCCCUCCCGGUGGACAGCACGCAGGCUCGCCGGUGCCAGCACAGCCGGGAGGGGCCGGCCUCUUGGAGAGAAGGCCGCGGGGCUUCCAGCAGUGUGCACUCGGGACAGAAGCCAGGCUCGCGCCUGCCCCAGGAGGGGAACAGCCACCAGGAAGGGGACACGGAGGCGCUGCAGCAUGGCGCAGAGGGGCCCUGCUCCUGCUCGGAGUGUGGCGAGCGCUCCCCUAUGAGCGCCAGGCUCGCCAGCCACUGCAGGGCGCAUACUGGAGAAAAGCCCUUCCAGUGUGCGCAUUGCACCAAGCGCUUCCGCCUGCGCCGCCUGCUGCAGGUCCACCAGCACGCGCACGGUGGGGAGAGACCGUUCUCCUGCAGGAAGUGUGGCAAGGGCUUCGCCAAGCAGUGUAAACUCACGGAGCACAUUCGAGUCCACAGCGGAGAGAAGCCUUUCUGGUGUGCCAAGUGUGGCAGGAACUUCCGUCAGAGGGGACAGCUGCUGCGGCACCAGCGGCUGCACACGGACGAGAAGCCCUUUCAGUGCCCAGAGUGUGGGCUGAGCUUCCGCCUGGAGAGCAUGCUGAGAGCCCACCGGCUCCGGCACGGUGGGGAGAGGCCGUUCUCCUGUAGCGAGUGUGGCAGAGGCUUCACCCACCAGUGCAAGCUCCGUGAGCACCUGAGAGUGCACAGCGGGGAGAGGCCCUUCCAGUGCCUGAAGUGCGACAAGCGCUUCCGCCUGAAGGGCAUCCUGAAGGCCCACCAGCACACGCACAGCAAGGAGAGGCCGUUCUCGUGCGGGGAAUGUGGCAAGGGCUUCACCAGACAAUCCAAGCUCACGGAGCACUUGCGCGUGCACAGCGGGGAGAGACCCUUCCAGUGCCCAGAGUGCAACAGGAGCUUCCGCCUGAAGGGGCAGCUGCUCAGCCAUCAGCGCCUGCACACGGGAGAGAGGCCCUUCCAGUGUCCGGAGUGCGACAAGCGCUAUCGCGUGAAGGCCGACAUGAAGGCCCACCAGCUGCUGCACAGCGGGGAGAUGCCUUUCUCCUGUGAGUGUGGCAAGGGCUUUGUGAAACACUCCAAGCUCAUCGAGCACAUCAGAACGCACACGGGAGAGAAGCCUUUUCAGUGUCCCAAGUGUGACAAGAGUUUCCGCCUGAAGGCGCAGCUGCUCAGCCAUCAGGGCCUGCACACAGGGGAGAGGCCUUUUCACUGCCCUGAGUGUGACAAGAACUUCCGGGAAAGGGGACACAUGCUGAGGCACCAGCGCAUCCACAGGCCCGAGAGGCCCUUUGCCUGUGGCGAUUGUGGGAAGGGCUUCAUUUACAAGUCUAAGCUUGCGGAGCACAUCAGAGUACACACAAAAUCCUGUCCUGCUCCAAAUGAACUGGACAUUAAGAAAAGGCUCAGCCAACUGUUUGCAAUGAUAGAGGCCGAUUGGAGUUGAGGCAGAGUGGGACAUCCAAAGCGUUGAGCAGGAUUGGUAUUGCCCAGGAAUCCACAGCAACAGUAGCCAGACCCGCUGGUAGACGGGUUUUAGGAGCAGGUGUCCUUCUUUGAGCAAGAGUGUCAUGCAAGUUAGGAAUAUGAAGAACCACAAAGGAUUUUCUCUUCAGAAACAUCACCAAUUAUAUUUCUUUCUUUUUUUUUUUUUUUCCAAGAUGGAGUUUUGCUCUGUCACCCAGGCUGGAGUGCAGUGGCGUGAUCCCAGCUAUAUUGGAAAAGACAGCAUUAUAAAACAAGGACAUAAUUUUAUGAAAAAGGAGGCAUCUGCAAACGAAAACAAUUUAUACGAGGUUAUAUGUGAUUGUUAACAUUUUUAAGAAAAGGUGCACACAGAAAUCCAGAUAAGAUGUGAUUACCUUUGUACAUUUAUAUAAAAAUAUAUGUGUGUAAUUAUAAGGAA